UUUCUGUUCGAUGCUAAAUCAGUGGAUUUUGGAGAAUUUAACCAACACCAUGCUGCUUGCCAACGCUGAAUAUGCGUUUAUUUGGUUAUUGCCAAGGAAACUUAUCAACGUGUAUUCGACUUGCAGUUACAUGAAUAGCACACAUACGUUUAUUUAACCAUUAUUCAACGUUUAGAAAACAUUAUCCAGCUUAAAAAUCGUUGAUUAUGCGUUUUUGCGACAAGUAUGGAAAGCCUUGUUGAUCAUUUGCUGAAUAAUGUUAUUUGAAAAACGUUUAUUCAAUUCAUUAACACAAUGUUGUAUAAGCUAUUAAAGAUAUGUUUAUUUUACCAUGUAUAAAAAAUAUUUUUACACAAAAAGAUUAAUUUAUGCUUCAGAUUAUCACCAUUUUAACGAGUUUGGGUAUUUUAACUUUUGUUAGUCUGGUUGAAGUGUUGUAUUUGUUUUAUUAUAAUCAACUAUAUACAAUCGAAUUUAUUUACCCCGCCUGGACUUGAACUCCUGACGCGUUGAACGAGAGCCAUCGACGAAUGCAUCUGAGCUAAUCUGGAAUAUGACGUUGGCAGUUCUUUUGGUGUAUGUAGUUUUACAAAUCGAAAUCUGUUGAACGUGGAACAACUGUUGCUCAGAUAUUGCAUAAGUGGCGAAUAGCAGUUUCUUAUACGCUACUUUGCCUAACGAUAGUAUUGUACGAGAUGAAAAAAAAUUUUAAAAGACUUCUGUUUGAGUUGUUGACUUUAUAUGGAACGAGCAUUACAGUAAUAUAAUUACAUAAUUACGGAAGAAAUAAAUUAUCUCCGAAUGCGCGUACCCCUCGACACUGAAUUGAAAAUACUGGACACUGUACGUUCGUCGACGUUUUUGUUUUCCAAUAAUUUCAGCUUUAGUUGCCGUGAGUGUAGUCAGCCUUCUUAAGCGGCUUUGUGUACGAAAAUUCUUAUUACUAUGCAAGGUGAAUUACUACUGCAUUGUGCAGACCCUAGAGGCCAGUCGACCAGUCAUUACCGUAGUUCCCCAUAAAUGGAUUAAUGGUCAAUAUUUACUGUGGCCCCCAAAGAAAGCUGAAGAGCUGAUGAAAAAUCCUUCAAGUAAACCCCAGCAAAAUUGGACUAAAAUUCCUUGUACAGUAAAAAGAAAAUUCAUUCCAUCACUUGCGGAAGCCGAAAUCGAAUCUGAAUACUUAUCCGGAUACACAACCGACACAUCUGACAUACCAGUACUCCCGAGAAAGAGAAGUAAGAACAAGGCAGAGCAAAAGGUGCAAGGCUUGGAUCUCAACUACCUUCUCGAAAAUAAUGAAGCAUCAGAAUUUUUGGUGGUUGGUAAUAUACCGACACUUAAUGCUAAUAAUGAUCAAAAGAUAUUAUCGCCCACACUGUCCAACGAUAAUACUGAAAAUGUUGCCUUUGGACGAGAAGAUGUUUCUCCGAUUGAUGAAAUUGAAACAGUGCAAAUAGUGACAACCCCUAGCAUAAUUCCUGAACCUGUUCAAACAGUUACGCAGCAUAACGGAGACAGUAUUACCUUUGAACAACCAACUUUAUUUACCCAUCACAUCGAUCAGGUGACAAAUACUGAAAUAUUGGAAAAGAUUGAUGAGGCCAAAGCUGAAAUUGUUUCCACCGUGUUACAAGCAAUGGAGAACAUUGUAACAAAAACCAUCUCCGUUCUGAAAAGCGAUUUUGAUACAAAAAUGCAGUAUUUACAGAGCGCUAGUUCUUCUCAGGCAGUGGAGAACAGUUUUGUCUUUACACCUGUUUCAACCGUCGAGCAGCUACUCGAGCUCGAAUGUAAGCUAGAAGAUCCGGUAUAUUAAAAAAAUGUGGUAUGUUUACCUUGCUUCGCUCUGUCACAAGAUAAUUGAUCAAAGGGAUAUUAUAAAAUAACUAGAUACAAAAUAUUUGAGAUAUUUUUUUUUGCAUAAGAAUCACAGCAAUGCUGAAAUAUUCAAUGUUUCAAUUGAAAAAUGUAAUUUUUUUACUCACACUAUUUACCUUUACGAAUGGAUCAAUUACGCUUCAUGGGGAUAUAAGUUAAAAAUGCCAAAGGAAAUAUUAGGAUUUCCAAAAUUGGACCAUAAAUAUUUUAAGCCCUUACAUAAAAUUACAUGCGAAGGUCCAAAAUAUGUAAGGGACCAAUUUAAAUAUGUUACCCUAAAAAUAAUUACAAAGAUAAUUAAAACUAUUUUUCUACUGUUUUAUAGAAAACUUUCAUGCUAAACCACAUCGACAACACAGCAUAUACCGUGAACGGGCAAAAUUCUUGCUAUGAGCUCGUCGACAAAUUUUUUGACAGAAAAUUGAUGCUGCUGUGCUCGUGGACGGGAGCAAGCAAGACGGAAACAAAUAAGUGCGCACUACGGGUACACAAGAACGUACUAAACACUUUUUACAAUAUUAUCAAAGAUAUAAAUGCGAGCUUUACUGUCAAAUUAAUGGAGGAAUUCUUCAAGUCUGUCACAAGAAACUCAAGAAAGCGCAGCGAAGCAAAGGGGUUGAGAUGCUCCACCAUUCACCGCAGAUCAAAAAUGCAAGCUGUUUCAGCUGUAAUCAAUGCUAAUGAAGACAGUACACUUACACCGACUGGAACUGAAGCUGGCACAGAUGAGGAAAAUGAAUACAUCGUAACAUAAAAACUAAAAAAGUAAGAGAAAUAGGAGAAACCAAAAAUUGAUAAUUUUUCUUUAUCCGAUGUUAA